CCAAAGAGUUUAACUCUUUUUCAUUCGGUCUUCGUCAUCGGCUCGGAUCAGAGGCUUUUGGACUCAAAGCUAGGGGGAAUCCAGCUUCUGAUCUUUGAGCAUUGAAAAUUUUGAGGGAUUAAUUUCUUUGAAGGAAAAUCUGAUCAAUUGUCGAAGAUGAGGAAUGCUCUUCUUUCGCCGGUGUCCUCACAGUUCUACAACAUUGGAAACAAUGAAGUUCAGACGCCAUGUCUGGAUGUCCUUACGCAGAUGGAAAACAAAGGAGAUGUCCAUGGGGAUACCUUUUCUCUGGAAUCAAAAAUAUACAACAAUGACAACCAGCUCAGAGAUGGGGCCUUCGUUAUUCCUUACCAAUCCCAUAUUAACUCUCAUUUACAAGAUUAUCAGUGUGGUAGCUCCAACUGUGACAACAAUUUUCAGCAGUCCAUGUCACUUAGCAACAAGCUAGCAAUUCCCCUCUUUGAACCGGACAUUCAGAACUUACAAAAUGGAAGGAAACGUGGGAUUGAGGUUAACAAUGACCAAAAGCCAUUAAAUGGGACUGAUUCUUUGAAUGAGUGGAAGAAUAACAAGAGAAAGAAAUUGUCAUCUUUUGAACAACAGCAACCUCAUCAAAUCACUGAAUCAUUAACAGAUAUCAAAGAUUGCAGGUUGCAUAUGCCAGUGAGAAGAAGCCAAAGGCUAAGUGACAAGAUUACAGCUCUUCAAAAGUUGGUUUCCCCAUAUGGAAAGACUGAUACUGCUUCAGUCCUCCAAGAGGCUGCUCUUUACAUCAAACUUCUGCAAGAACAAAUUCAGAAUUUGUUUCAGAUGCUGAGCAGCUCAUAUACCAGUCUAAGAGCAAUUCAUCGACAGGAAAUUGGAAAGAAGCUACAGGAUUUAAGAAGCAGAGGGCUUUGCUUGGUUCCCAUUUCAUUUACCCAACAAGUGACAAAAGAAGACAAGAUUGAUACUAAUUAUAUAUCAAGAAAAACCAUCAUCCCUAGAAAUUUUUAA